AUGACACAGACAGAAGGAGCACAUGCACAAGAUCAUGAAGUACCUGUUGGUGAUGAAGAAGACGGUCUUAGUGGACCUUUGUUGAUCGAACAGCUUGAAGGCAACGGGAUCACGUCGGGCGACAUCAGAAAGUUGAAGGCUGAAGGAUACCACACGAUCGAAAGUAUCGCAUAUACCCCCAAGAAAGCGUUAUUGUUAGUGAAGGGAAUAUCAGAAGCGAAGGCAGACAAGAUCUCUCUUGAAGCGGCGAAAGUUGUUCCCUUAGGCUUCACCACUGCAUCAGAAUUUCACAGCAGAAGAUCAGAACUCAUAUGUAUAACCACCGGUUCUAAGCAAUUAGAUACUUUAUUAGGAGGUGGAAUAGAGACUGGAUCUAUUACAGAGGUUUUUGGUGAAUUUAGAACUGGUAAAUCGCAAUUAUGCCAUACUUUGGCAGUUACAUGCCAGUUACCGAUCGAUAUGGGUGGUGGCGAAGGUAAAUGUUUAUACAUUGACACCGAGGGAACCUUCAGACCCGUUCGUUUAGUUUCGAUUGCUCAAAGGUAUGGGUUGAAUCCAGAAGACUGUUUAGAUAAUGUUGCAUAUGCGAGGGCCUACAACGCCGAGCACCAAUUCCAACUUUUGAACCAUGCUGCACAAAUGAUGUCUGAAUCCCGGUUUUCAUGCUUGAUUGUCGACUCUAUUAUGUCUCUUUACAGAACAGAUUAUUCGGGGCGUGCCGAAUUAUCGGCCAGGCAGACGCAUGUCGCUAAGUACAUGAGGACCUUGCAGAGAUUGGCAGAUGAAUUUGGUAUUGCUGUCGUAAUAACAAAUCAAGUAGUGGCGCAAGUUGACGGUGCUAGUGCCAUGUUUAACCCUGACCCUAAAAAACCUAUAGGUGGUAACAUUAUUGCCCACAGCUCCACUACAAGAUUGUCUUUCAAAAAGGGAAGAGCAGAACAAAGAAUCUGCAAGAUCUAUGACAGUCCUUGCUUACCCGAAAGUGAAUGUGUAUUCGCUAUUUAUGAGGAUGGUAUAGGCGAUCCUAAAACAGAAGAUGAUGAUAACUAG